GCUCUGUCCUCUCUCGCUCCCCCUCUGCAAAGGUACCAUCAGCGACUGCUGCACUUCCCAUGGAAUAGACUAGUCUAACAGCAAUAAAAGUUAGUUUAUUCAGAGUACCUCCCCCCCAAUAAACCCCCAAACCAAACUCCCUUCUGCAAGCCUGAGGAGACUGUUUGUUUCAUCUAACAAGUGCCAUCUUGUUGCCUGGAGGACAGACUGCCAUCAGCCCUUACACCAGUAUCUGGGAAGACUAGCCGUGAAGCCAGGAUGCUCUCCGAAGCUGUCUCAUUGCUGCUGCUUGUGGCUGGCAUCCGCUCGGUGUCCGGAGGAGGCGCUGGAGGUGGAGGAUAUGCUCAAGUGAAAUACAUGCAGCCCAUGGUGAAAGGGCCCCUGGGGCCCCCAUUCCGGGAAGGCAAAGGGCAGUAUCUCGACAUGCAACCGCUCCUGCCGAUGGAUCUCAAAGGGGAGCCAGGCCCCCCAGGAAAGCCAGGCCCAAGAGGACCUCCAGGCCCCCCAGGCUAUCCAGGAAAACCAGGCACUGGGAAACCCGGACUUCAUGGCCAGCCAGGCCCUGCUGGGCCCCCUGGAUUUUCUGGUGUUGGCAAACCAGGUAUCCCAGGGCUUCCAGGAAAGGCAGGUAUGAAAGGGAUGCCCGGCCUCAAAGGUGAACCCGGCCUGAGAGGUGAGCAAGGCCAGAGAGGAUUACCUGGCCCACCAGGAUUGCCUGGGCCAGCAGGCAUCUCAGUCAAUGGGAAACCAGGCAUGCAGGGCACUCCAGGUCUACCAGGAUUUCGGGGUGAGCCUGGGCCAAAAGGGGAACCAGGGCUUCGGGGGGAGCGGGGCUUAAAGGGUGAAAAUGGUGUUGGGAAGCCAGGGUUUCCGGGUCCCCGAGGAAAUGGAGGCCCCCCCGGCCCCGCUGGGCCUCCAGGGCCAAAUGGCAUUGGGAAACCAGGGUUCAAUGGCUUACCAGGUGCUCCAGGGGGGAAAGGCGAGAUGGGCCCAUCUGGAGCCCCUGGGAUCAAUGGGGAACCUGGGCCGAUGGGGCCACGGGGGCCACCAGGGAUUGAUGGAAUAGGCAUCCCGGGCGUCGGAGGGAUUCCAGGUAUGCAAGGCCCUGUGGGGCCAAAGGGAGAACCCGGGAUCCGUGGCCUUCCCGGUUUACCUGGGCCCGCAGGCUAUGGGAAACCAGGUUUGCCGGGCUUAAAAGGAGAUCGUGGGCAACCUGGGAUCCCAGGAGCCAUUGGCGACAAAGGGGAACCAGGCAUGGAUGGGGAAGCAGGCGAGCAGGGCCCGCAGGGUGUCAUUGGAUUCCCCGGGGUGCCAGGCUCCAUGGGCUUGCCAGGCAAACACGGGCUGCCAGGCCUCAAAGGUGAGGUUGGGCUGCCUGGGCCCCCAGGAAUACCAGGGAUGCGUGGAGACCAAGGGCCAAACGGUUUUGCAGGGAAACCAGGGGUCCCUGGAGAGAGAGGUUUGCCUGGGUCUCAGGGACCACCUGGCCCCACAGGGCCAAAAGGAGAACCAGGCUUCACAGGGAUUCCUGGGAUGCCAGGGUUAACAGGUAGCCUGGGACCAAAGGGAGAUGCAGGAAUUCCAGGCCAGCCAGGCCUGAGGGGCCCAUCUGGUAUUCCAGGCCUACAAGGCCCUUCUGGUCCCAUGGGGCCACAGGGCUUACCAGGGCUGAAAGGGGAACCUGGCCUCCCAGGCCCUCCAGGGGAGGGGAAGGUAGGGGAGCCUGGCAUUACAGGACCCAUUGGCCCACCUGGAAUACCAGGGACACGUGGAUUAAACGGACCCCCAGGACCACCAGGGCCGCCUGGUCCCCCCGGGGCACCAGGGGUGUUCGACGAGACAGGCAUCGCUGGGCUGCACUUGCCGGAUGGAGGCGUGGAAGGAGCGGUGUUAGGGAAUGGUAAGCCUGGGAAGCCACAGUAUGGCAAAGGGGAGCUCUCUGCCCGGAUAGCACCCGCUUUCACGGCCAUCCUGACCUCCCCGUUCCCAGCCUCUGGCAUGCCAGUCAAAUUCGACAGGACUUUGUACAACGGGCACAACGCCUACAAUCCAGCCACUGGGAUAUUCACCUGCCCCAUCUCCGGCAUCUAUUACUUUGCCUACCACGUGCAUGUCAAAGGGACUAAUGUCUGGGUGGCACUUUAUAAGAACAAUGUGCCCGCCACAUACACCUACGACGAGUACAAAAAAGGCUACCUGGAUCAAGCCUCAGGCAGCGCAGUGCUCGAACUCAAAGAGAAUGACCAAGUCUGGGUCCAAAUGCCCUCGGACCAAGCCAAUGGGCUGUACUCCACAGAAUACAUCCACUCCUCUUUCUCCGGCUUCCUGCUUUGCCCCACAUAACAGCUGUUGGGUGUUUCCCCUUUUUACCCACUUUAGCCAUAAACUGUCUUGUUUUUUUAAUAAUUUUUUUUAAAAAAUAAAAGAAAUACAAAAAAGAAAAAUCACUGGGAAGAACGCGCAAGUCAUUGGCGCAGGACCUCGCUUCACACUGUUCACUCAAGGAGUCGAGAGGAUAAGGGGAAAGGAGCCUUUGUUGUUUCUUGGGGGGGGUGCAAGUGGGGGAGGUGUCUUUGGAAUAAAUUUUACCUUUGUGACUGCACAUCAAACACAGCAACUAGCUCAGGCUGGCUAGGAUCUAGCUAUGCAACUACAUUGUUCUUUAAGUCAGAGGAGGAAAGCUGAAGAAUCGAGACCCUUCUUGGUUUAUAAUCAAGUGCCCCUGUUCCCGCUGUUGAGUACUAGUUAAAUAAAGAAAGUCAUUUUGCAUAUUCGUUAGCCAAUCCAGGGAUCCUAAGCAAUCUCAGAUCUCUAGAGCAGUGGAGAUUCCUGGUGGAUUGACUCUCACCUUCCCAAGCAAUCAUUUCCCCACAUUUCAAUCUCAUUGACGCUUGAAUCAGUGUCUCGGAUUCGAUCAGGGUGGGUGGAUUUAGUCAUCAAAAGGGGAACACUUUGCAGAAGCACCUUUUUAUAAGUAAAUAUUUAAGAAAAAAUCUUUAGGAACAAAAAACAUCGUUAGUAGCACCUGGCAAUAGGAUGGGUGCCGAAUAUACUCCAAAGCCAUUCAGGGAAUUUGGGAACCCCUGUGAUGAACAAUGUUCCUUGACCUUGUAUUAAUUCCUGCAUUGGCAAGUCAAAGGGCCAGUUCUAUCACACAUAUUUCUGUAGCCCACAGCCCUGUUUGGGCUUAUGAACGUUUUAUUAUCUGACAAUCCAAGGAUGGCGCUGCAAGCAUGGCUUACAUUGCUACUAGCUGAUUUCAUGGACGGUUUAGCUCUGCUUUCUUUAAGGUGCCAUUUAUGGACAACUUACUUUUAAUGUCUACCUUUCAGGACGUGUACACUAUUUUUUCCCUUCCCCUUGGGGAACUUAUUAAAAAAAAAAGCAUUCAUUCUACCUUUCCAUGCAUUCCUUUUACAACGGUGCUAUUAUCUACUUAAUGUUAUUUACAAGUAUAGUGCAAUACGUAUCUUUGAAAGGGGCACCGGUCUGCGUGCAGGGUUCUGUGACUUAGGAAAAAAAUCAUUUCAUGUUUGUCCUGUUACCACUUUGCCUCAAUAAUGCUUGAAACGUCAUUGAUUUGAAUAUGGGUUACAAGGUUUAUUACAGCUUUUGGUGUGCCCAGCUAGUGACCACGUGGCUGCGCUGGCCUUUGCAAACUGGAACAAUUGAAGCCUGUUGCUUUGCAGCUUGCGGUAAGGUAAAAUGGCUACAGACCAUUGCAUUUAAAAGUUACUAAAGAGAUUCUUCUCAGCCGGGGUAGGUAGAACGUGGUUGAAGUUAAGCCACACAUAAUAUACUGAAUUCCUUUCUACAAAGACAUGUGCCUAAGAAAAUAGCUGAAAUUCAUUCAGUCAAUAGCUCAGUGUUCAUUACUCUCAAAUGUCCAUGAUGCCUAUAAUAUGGCCAAAGGAGAGAGAAAGAGUAAGAAUGUGACUUAAUAUUAUUCUCCAGAUUUAUUGUAGAUAAAACUAUUUAAACAUAGAUUUUUUUUUCUUAAACUACACUGCGUUUGUGUGUCUUGCCCUCCAGGGCUUCCAUUUACAAAAACCCGCCCAUCCCUGAAUUACAAAACAGGAAACAAAAAGAAGGAAGCUAAAGAAAAAAAUUCCAUAGACUAACAUUUCAGACAGAAUCUGGAAUUGGGUCUCCCCUCCCCUUUGUUUUAGUUUUUAUUCGGAUUUACAAGAGCAGGUUGUGAAGCGAUGGAACUUUUAACAGAGACAAAUACAGCCUGAUAUUUUGAAUUCUGUCAGAUGUUUUUAAAUUCCUGAAGGCAGAAGAAUGUCAGAGCCCUUCAUGGCCCAGAUUCUGUUGGUAAUUGGUUCUUUGAUUUCCCAUUCGAAAUAGGAACCAUAAAGUAAAGACCUAAAAUUUGAAGAAAAGGAGUUCAAUUUCUCUCUUCAAAUCCACACUUGAAAGGACAGUGCCGGCAUGGGGCUUCUGUCUUCUUGGUUUAAAUGUAUUUUCCUGCAGAGAACCACAAUGAACUCAAGUUGAUAAUACAGCAGAUCCCUUCAUUUCAGAGCAAAGCAGUCUCACUCCUUGAACCACAGAACACUGCCAGAGGCAGAGAUGGUAACUUAAAUAUACUACCUGCAGUAGGGUAAGGAACUUCCACACCGUUGAAAAUUCACUCAAGGGUGGAAGUUUAAGCCAGUUACUCGACAAAGCAAUUUAUUUAUACUGUGUUCUGACCUAUGUUCAGUCCUGGUUUGGUUUUGUUAUUAUUCAAUACUCUGGUUCUGGCUGGCAAAAACAGUGACCGAAACGCACAUUCUAACCAAACGCAAAUAUUAACUCAUUCAGUUCAGUAGAAAAUAUUUUGCAAUUUCACUUUCCCUUCAUGUGCAGAGCAGAAACCGUAAUCACCCUUCUGCAGCUCUAUAACCUGUUACAUUUACACAGUAUUGAAUGACAAGGAUAUUACACACACAGGGAGGCUAGGAAACGAUGCACAGGGUGAAGGAGGAAAGGUGUUCAGUAAACCAGAUAUUGUCAGGAAGAUUUCUUUUGAAGUACACAGUCUGUAAUAUUUGCCAGCAGGAAGGUUUAUUUUCUGUCAUGGGUGUGAGCACUUGGGAUGUUGGUAUCAGUCACACACAUACAAAAAAUGGUUGGGAUGGAUGAAGUUUGUCAGUUUUUAACUAUGAAAACUACAUUACAGUGUGCAUUUUUUAUAUACAAAUUCUUACUUUUUUUUUUUAAGUUUGCCUCUAGUAUCUUCUUUUCUAACCUAGUAUAUAGAGGAUUUUAGUUUUUGUAAAAAUACCUAUUACAUGCACUGUCUGUCAUAGUAAAAUUGGUUUAAAAUGCCUUCUCUUUGAUUGUGAUCGGAAACUGGCCUCUUCAGAACUAAAACUACAGUACUCGAUUGUAUUGACACAACAUCAAUAAAACUUAUUGUAUAAAAGAUCAUCUCAGCUGUGCCUUUGUCCUAUUAUGAUUUAUUUGUAUUGCAGGAGCACCUACACAUAGUAAGAGAUAACCCCUGCGCCACGAGCUUACAGUCUGAACAGGUGAAGGAAAGAUUAAUAUCCCAUUGUUCUGGGGACAGGAGGCACGGGAAUAGUCCAUGGCUCACCCAAGGAGUCUGUCUCAGAGCUCACAUUUGAACCCACACCUUCUGUAGCAGCAGCCAGCACCCAAACGAUAAGACGAAGUUUCUAUAUUCAAAGUACCACUUCUGAAAUACCCUUGUAUAAGUCUGGCCAUAAUCAUAGGUCUCAGCUCAUGCUGCCUGCCCUAUGAGCUCUCCUUUGUAAUAUGCACAGCCUUAGAUACGAAGUCCUCUCUUCUCUUCAUGCAACAGGAACACAUCCUGGUCGCUGGCAGUGAAACAGGUUUCCCUGCAACACCCCACCAGUGUGCACCCAGAGGAAGGGGUACUUAAGCCUUCAUAGUCCAUUCAGUCCAUGGUUUAUCUGCGAAGACUGCCAUUGAGUGGACCGAUUGGUGGCAAAGAUGAGGGUUGAUUUUGGUAAUGUAAGUAACUGUCCCCUAGGAACUGGAAUGAGAUUGCACAACUGGCAUAGGCUGAGGGUAUCAGCUUUCAUUCAAAGCCUGUCACCUCCCGGUUGCCCACUCAACUCAGACUUGGCUUGAGAGAAUGGUAAUAGGAGAUGGCAUCUAUCCUGCUCCCUGAUCAACAUAGGAAAAACUUAUUCCACAUUGCCUCACAGCCACAGUCCAGAAGUUCCUUAAAGGAAGAUGGUGAAAUUUGGGGCCUUCCAAAUAUUGCAACAUUUUUUCCUCUUCUACCUGGCAAUUAUUACGUUGAGGAAUUUAAGGAACAGGAGUGCAUGCUGGAGUUUCCUUUCCUGGAAAAAUGGGGUUUUGCUAGAAAUUAAAAAUGAACCCAAAGCCAGGAGCUCACCCAUCACUCCCAAGCUCUUUCUCAAGGAGAGCAGCAUGCGUGCCUUCUACAAUGGGGAAGGAGACAGGAAUUUUAAGUAACAAUGCAGAGUUUCUAUUCAAGCUUCCCAAAACUAUGAAGAAUACCAGAUUGUGCUAGCUGGGUCUGACCACCCUUGCCACCAUAACAAAUUCCAAUAUGUAUACGGACUAUGCUACCCAUUUACCUUCUUCCCCGUAAAGAGAUGCCGGUGAGAAUGCAGCUCAGUUCUUUGGGCUUUAAGCAUCAUUGAUUCCAUCAGUUUGUUUUCUUUGGGGGUGGGGGUGAGGAGGAAGGA